GGCUGGGUUGGUCGCCUCAGUGGAACUGCGGCUUGUGUUGGAGCCGUGACCAUUCAGUAAGCUGAUCAACUUUCGAACGGCGACAUUGCUUGAGACUGAGAGGCAUCAGCGUUACCGUCGUGGUAGCUGAUCAACACUAUUGUACCUUGGGGUAGGGAAGGAAGUGGCGGGUUAACGGGAUUACCCCAUCUAUGUUGAAGUAGAGCGCUCGUUCUGGGCUUGCUUCUUAUAGAGAGAGUGAGGUUCAGCGGGAGGAAGGGUUUGUGACGGGACGGUUAAGGGCGACCACAAGCGCUUUGGCAAGACGAGAGAGAGAGAGAGAGAGAGAGAGAGAGAGAGAGAGAGAGAGAGAGAGAGAGAGAGAAGAAUGGCGAACCGUGGAGGUGGAGAUACGUGGAGGGGGUCGUCGUCGGCCGUGAUGGAGAACACUGGAGGAAUGUCCAGACUGGAAGAGCGACUGCGCGCUCUGGAACUGAACCAUGGAAAUCUCAUCAUCGCGUUCGACUUCGCAGCGCGAAACUUGACGGCUGGCAGAUCGUCGUUCGGCGGCCGUUGUCUUCAUGCUGUCAAUCAGGGGGAUCCGAAUCCGUACAUGAUAUCUGCUGCCAUGAUUGGCCGCGUCGUCGGCGACCUGAGCUCGAGGAGCGCCCGGUCCGUGCUGCUUGGAUUUGGCGCCAGCAAUCAGCCGGGCGUGUUCUCUAUCGGAUCGUCGAGUACCUCACCUCGAUGUGAGCUGGAGCCGGGAUUGUGGAGAUACAAGCAGAUCGCGCCUCAAGUGACUCUUGGGCAUUCCUCCUCCUUCGCGGCACCCAUCGACGCUGCCAUGAAGAUCGUACAGCAGGACGGUUUCCAUGUUCUAAUCAUUGUGACCUGCGGUCGGGGKAGUGACCUUGGYGCAGAGGCGGAGGAGAGCAUCAUGGCAUUGAAGAAGGCAAGCAAGUAUCCUCUCUCCGUUGUCUUCGCSGUUGUUGGGGACGGGCCAUGCAGCGGAUUACACAACCUUAGAAUGCGCCUUGGUGUGGAGGCCUCUAAGGAGGCGACGAUUGCCCUGAGCAAUAUCACCAUCGUCGAUUUCCAAGAGCACUUCUCGAAGCCGCACACAUUCGGAGAGAAGCAGAUCCGUUUUGCGUCCGCUUGUCUSGACGSUCUGCYAGACCAGUACCGGUCCUUCCGCGACAGAAGCAUCCUCAAUUGUCAUCMGYGCAYGCACKCUGGAACGGCCAGGGUUGAAAUCCCUCCGUGCCGUCUGCAAGGGGAGGACAAUUCCAACGGCGGCGCGAGAUCGCAACUCUUGAGCGGUGGGUGGGCAACGGGAUACGGACCUUAUUCGACAACCUACUACAGGGCGUCGUCCGCGAGAUCCUCCGAGGACUGUAGCUAUGCUGCCAGCGGGAGUGGCUAUUCCGGCGCUGACUCGAGCCUGGGUGCGAAGCAGGGACCGAACCAGAGUGGGAGUGUGUCAUUGCCCAGAGCUCAUGCUGCUGCAGGAGGGUCGAGGUUGGUCGGUGCUGGACCACCGUUCGCCAAUGAUCGUCUCGCUUCCCCAUCGAGCUCAGCGGCCGGGUUCAGCCUGCACAGGGAAGGCAUCUGUGACAUCUGUUUUACUGCUAAAGCGUCUGCGCAGUUCUCAGACUGUCGACAUAGCACAUGCGUUUCGUGUGCGCAGCAAAUGCGCUCUUGGUCGAAGAACCGGACGAUGGCAUGCCCGUUCUGUCGGGCGAAGGUGAACGGGUGGAAGAAACGGUCGAUUUAAGCCUGUAUGCGGCUCCAAAGGCUUCCGUGACGAGGGGCUAGGCGUGCCCAAUUUGUUCAAUCAUUAAGUGCAGUGAUCUACUAGUAGAGGAAACAUGAAGAGUCUGGACGUGUAAAUAGUGUAAAGAAGAGCAGUCAUCCUGACGACAUUCUAUAACGGAGGUACGAGUAGUAAGCUGUGAUUUGUAAAUUUUAGCGCAUAGACGUUGGCGACGACGUUUAGAAGAGGGCAAUAGGUAUUCGGUCAAGCUUUUCAAAUGAUCCUCGCUCGUUGUGGGGGGCGAUUUUGUUAAUAAAAAGUGCUCUGUCAG